CUACUCUGUACCUAGAUAACAAAAGGGGCCGUACAAGGCAUGUCUGCACAGCCUGGUCAACCAUUCCAGUCCCAUGGCUUUCAAACCUCGGUUGAUCUUGCUCGCCAACAGGCGUAUACUGUAGCUCCCCUGGCUGGGCACAAACGACUACCGGAUCGAUCCCCCGAGACCUCGUUGAAAGUCUCGAGCACCAAGCAAUCAGGUCAUUCGACGCCUUCGGUGGAUUUCGUUCGUCAUCGUGUAACUUCCCCUGCUCCCAAGAACCGCUUGGGUGCUAGUGAAAUAUCUCCCGUGGCGGCUGCCCAGGAUCCUCACCAACAACGAACGGAUACCGUGAUUCAUGAGUCAAACAGAGAUCCGGUUUUGUUUCUACAACACCCUCGAUAUGGAUUACCUCCCACCCUAGUCAAGAAUUUUGCGGCGGUCGGGGUCAGCAGUAUCUAUCCUUGGCAGUCGUCAUGUUUGCUGGCCCCCGGCCUCCUGGAAGGGAAGCGGCAUUUGAUUUAUACAGCCCCAACGGGCGGUGGCAAAUCCCUCGUGGCUGAUGUCUUGAUGCUGAAACGCAUCAUAGAGAAUCCCUCCUGCAAGGCAAUUCUAGUUCUACCCUACGUUGCUUUGGUGCAGGAGAAGCUCAAGUGGCUCAGACGCAUUGUGCAGGAUCUUGAAAAGCAUAUACACGACGAUGAGGAUGAUCCAACUCAGGCGAAACUGUACUAUCAGCGAUGGAAGAAACUGCAGAAAUCGAUACGUGUCACUGGUUUCUUCGGCGGCAGCCGGACUUCCGCCUCCUGGGCUGAUAUGGACAUCGCUGUCUGUACCAUAGAGAAGGCCAAUUCAUUGAUAAACACCGCGAUCGAAGAAUGUACCAUUGGGAACCUAGGCGUCGUCGUUCUAGAUGAGCUGCAUAUGCUUGACGAUGAACAUCGGGGCUACCUUAUGGAACUGAUGGUAACCAAGUUGCUUUUGCUACAGCAAGACAUUCAAAUCAUCGGCAUGAGUGCCACUCUUUCGAAUACAGAAGUCUUAGCGGAAUGGAUGAAUGCAGAGUACUAUAUCUCAACUUAUCGGCCCAUUCCAAUUGAUGACUAUCUUGUCUAUGAAAAUGCAAUCUACCCUGCCGCAACGUCCCGACAGCUCUUUCACACAAUUACUAAACUAGCUUCAACAACAACGUCAAUUGCGGAUACCAUGCCUCCUCACAGAAUCAUUCAAGCUUCAACUUUCCGAGAACUUGCGAACCCGUCGACAAAUUCAAUGGUGGCUCUCUCUGUGAAGACAGCCGCUGCGGGAUAUGGUGCGUUGGUAUUCUGUGGCAGCAGACAAGCUUGCCAGAUUCAUGCGGCUAUUAUAAGCGAAGCAAUGCCCGGGUCUUCUAUGGUCGACCCGGAGGAGCUGAGCAGAAGGCUCGAUUUACUUGCCGAACUAAGAAGUCUCCCUAGUGGUCUUGAUCCCGCUCUAGAGAAUACUCUUAUCAGGGGAGUAGGAUUUCAUCAUGCGGGAAUGACUGCGGAAGAACGUGAACUUAUUGCACAGGCUUAUGACCAAGGGACUUUGAGGGUACUUGUGGCUACUUGCAGUCUUGCUGCAGGAGUUAAUCUUCCUGCAAGAAGGGUAAUUAUAAAUGGUGCACGCAUGGGUCGGGACUUGGUCGGUCCAGCAAUGCUACGACAAAUGUGUGGACGAGCAGGCCGCAAAGGAAAGGACGAAGUAGGCGAGACAUAUCUCAUUUGCGGCAAGUCAGAUUUUGAAGCUGUAUGCGACCUGUUAGAAGCCGAUAUGCCUGCAAUUGAGAGCUGUCUUGCCCCGGAAAAAAGAGGACUCAAAAGGUGA